UCAGCGGUAAAUCAAUUUCGCUUUGACCUUCUCCAUAGGCCGACCCCACUCGGAGGAAUGCAAUUAUACGUAUGUAAUAAUAGGAAACUGAUUUGGAAGGAUAGCAAUUUGUUUGUAAUGAACAGUUUGUGAGCUGUGCGAGAGCACCCGUACAAUAAAACAUAACAUUUUGCCUAUGCGUGGUUAAUAUAGCGAAGUAAGUGGGGUGCUCUGCAUUUCACGUCAAGAGGUGCUUCACGCAAUGACGAAUCGAUAUGCGCGGCAUGCGUAGUCGCAUUGCAAGCGUAAUGCACAGACGCUUUCCUCCCGUCAGUGAGAAGCAAUAAGAGCGGGUACUUGAGGCGAAACUUCUAAUAACGCUACUACUCGGCUGAUCGUCCACCAGAUAGCAUGAACUCGCGUGCACUGACCAGCACAGUAUUGACAGCAGGCCGAAAAUUCAGCGAAGCAAACUACAGUGUCGGAAUUAACUCAACUGCUGUGAGCAUUAACCAGCUAGAUUUCGAUAUAUGGGAGUAUUAUCUCAAGCCAACCAACGCAGAAUGGUUCGUUAUGUCUUUGUACGUGCUGGUGUUUUUAAUUUCGAUCAUCGGAAAUUGCCUCACAAUAGCGUUCAUUCUGCGUCGAAAACAUCUCCGUACCACAAUCAAUUACUUCAUGCUGAAUUUGGCCCUGGCUGAUAUAAUGGUUACCAUAAUUUGCCUCCCACCAACACUUAUGGUGGACUUCAUGGAAUCGUGGUUGGUCGGUCAAUUUCUCUGCAAAUUCACUCCAUAUUUGCAGAUGGCAGUGACUUCUGUAUCGUCUCUCUCCCUUGGCGCCAUUGCGGUUAAUCGUUGGUUCGUGGUCUGUCAUCCGCUAAAAGUCGCGAGAACACGGAGAUCGGCAAAGCAUGCACUUCUGACCAUGACCAGCAUCUGGUUGUUCAGUUUGAUUACUCUGUGUCCAAUUAUUUUCGUCACUGAACUAACCGAAGACUUCCCGGGAUACAAAGAGCUGAACUUGCUUAAAUCAUGUGGAGAACAUUGGACAACGUUCCUGCACCAAGCCGUUUUCCAUAUAUACUACGUCACUGUAUGCUACGCUCUACCGUUGAUGGUGAUGGCAAUCGCUUAUACAAAUGUCUUCCGUAAACUUUCUUACACCAAGAUCCCCGGACACGUUUCAAGGGAAACGAACCCAAUUCCUAAACGAAGAGGGCAGUGCCACAGUUGCUCGAGCAAUUCAGAGCACACACAUCGCGGUUCGACUAUAGGAUCAGAACCAAAUUCCCCUUCCAAAUCGAAUCCAAGCAGCCCGACCGCAAAGAAGCAAGACGGCGCAUCAGUGGGCCAAGAACACGUGCGUAACGGUAUUGAUUUACCGAUGCCUAGGGAGCAGGAAUCAUUGUUCUAUACGGGAGCUUGGAAGGUGAAACGAGAUUCGGAAGAUUACAAGAAACUAUAUUUGCAGCGUAAUAGAAACAGCAGCACCUUCAGUAAACUGAUCACCUCGCGAAAGACACAGCGCACGUACUGCAGGAAAUGCAAAAUUAAGCGAAAUUUGAUACAGUCUCGAAAAAGAAGCGGGAGGAUUCAAGUGGCUCUAGUGGUUGUGUAUUUUCUCUGCUACUCUCCAGCGAUGGUACUUGAUCUGAUCCGAAGAACGUCCGAUUUGUUUACCUCCGUACAUCGAGAGUCGACUUAUUUCUUAUUCGCGAUCGCCCACUUGCUCGUGUAUCUCAACAGCGCUCUUAACCCCAUCAUUUACAACUGUUUCAGUGUUCAGUUCCGGAAAGAAUUUCGUCUGACGUUCAACUGUUGUUUCUCCAGUUCGAGUCAGCGGAGAAAUUCUGUUCGUUCAACGGCCGCGCUUCGCUCGCUCGAAGACACCAAGGACCGUACAAGCUGUGAUAUGAUGUUGUAACGUAAUUCUCCGUAUAAGUUUUGUUUGUGAACAAACUUGUCGUCUUAAGCCGGAUGUUUUAAUAUAUAGUAAAUAAGGCGGGACAAGAUGGUACAACUGUUCAUUUUAUUUACUCGUUUAGUAAACAAAGAAUAUUUAAAGAAUUAUAAAACAGUAUCAUACACGACAUAGAUCACGACUCCUAUAGACCGUUGUCAGGAUAUUUGAAUAUUAUGUGCUACGGGUGUUUUCCCGCCCUACUAUAUACUUAUUUAUUGUAACGGUAAACACCUGCUGGCUUUGUAAGUUUAAUUUUUGGUAUUCAUACACUGUGUCCCGAACGUAUCAUAGUAUAUUCGUAAAUAAAGCCAAUUCAUCUAGACGUUU